AUGAGAGCGCUAGGAGGAAGUCUUGCUUGGGCAUGGCUGGCCGUACUGCUGCUGCUGCUGCUGGUGGUGCACCUGGCUGGGGCCUCUCAUGUCGUCUACGAGGAAGAGAAACUCGAGGUGGAGGCGGCGGCAGUGCCGCCGUCCAUCGUCCACCCGCUGCUGAGAACCGGCUACCACUUCCAGCCCCCUAAGAACUGGAUCGAUGCGCCCAUGUACUACAAAGGGUGGUACCAUUUCUUCUACCAGUACAAUCCUAAGGGCGCCGUGUGGAACAACAUUGUAUGGGCGCACUCGGUGUCGCGAGAUCUCAUCCACUGGGUGGCACUAGAGACGGCCCUCAGACCUAGCAUCCCGUCCGACAGGUACGGCUGCUGGUCCGGCUCGGCGACCGUGCUCCCCGACGGCAGUCCGGUGAUCAUGUACACGGGCAUCAACCGCCCCAACAUCAACUACCAGGUCCAGAACGUGGCCUACCCAAAGAACAAGUCCGACCCGCUGCUCCGCGAGUGGGCGAAGCCGUCCUACAACCCCAUCAUCGUGCCGCAAGGCGGCAUCAACGCGACGCAGUUCCGCGACCCGACCACGGCCUGGCGCGCCGCCGACGGCGACGGCCACUGGCGGCUGCUCAUCGGCAGCGUGACGGGGGCCGCCGCGGCCCGGGGCGUGGCGUACGUGUACCGGAGCCGCGACUUCAGGCGGUGGACGCGGGUGCAGCGGCCGCUGCACUCGGCGGCCACGGGGAUGUGGGAGUGCCCGGACUUGUACCCGGUGAGCACGGCCGGCCGGCGCGUGGGGCUCGAGACCUCCGUGUCGUCCGGCCCGCGGGUGAAGCACGUGCUCAAGAACAGCCUCGAUCUGCGGCGGUACGACUACUACACCGUCGGCACGUACGACCGGAAGGCCGAGCGGUACGUGCCGGACAACCCCGCCGGCGACGAGCACCGCCUGCGGUACGACUACGGCAAUUUCUACGCGUCCAAGACGUUCUUCGACCCGGCGAAGCGGCGCCGGAUCCUCUGGGGAUGGGCCAACGAGUCGGACACCACCGCCGACGACGUGGCCAAAGGGUGGGCCGGAAUUCAGGCGAUUCCGAGGACGGUGUGGCUGGACCCCAGCGGGAAGCAGCUGCUGCAGUGGCCCAUCGAGGAGGUGGAGGCGCUCAGAGGCAAGUCGGCCACUCUCAAGGACAGGGUAAUUAGGCCAGGGCAGCACGUCGAAGUGACCGGGAUACAAGCGGCACAGGCUGACGUGGAGGUGAGCUUCGAGGUGUCGUCGUCGGCCCUGGCUGGUGCCGAGCCGCAGGACCCGGCGCUCGCCUACGACGCGGAGAGGCUGUGCGGCGUCAAGGGCGCGGACGUGAAGGGCGGCGCGGGCCCGUUCGGCCUGUGGGUGCUGGCCUCCGCCAACCUGAAGGAGAGGACCGCGGUGUUCUUCAGGGUGUUCAAGGCCGCCGGCAGCAACAAGCCCGUCGUGCUCAUGUGCACCGACCCUACCAAGUCGUCUCUGAACCCAAACCUGUACCGCCCGACGUUUGCCGGUUUUGUUGACACGGACAUUUCAAAUGGGAAGAUAUCGCUGAGAAGCUUGAUCGACCGGUCGGUUGUUGAGAGCUUUGGAGCCGGGGGCAAGACCUGCAUCCUCUCCAGGGUCUACCCGUCGCUCGCCAUCGGCAAGAACGCUCGCCUCUACGUGUUCAACAACGGGAAUGCGGACGUCCGGGUGUCCCGUCUCACCGCAUGGGAGAUGAAGAAGCCACUCAUGAAUGGCGCAUGA